ACGAGGCCACCCUGGCACAGAUGUUAGACCUCCAGCUGGAGGCCAUGGCACUUGAGAAAAAGGCUGCACAGAAGAUGAGCAAGUACCAGCCCCAGCACAGAGCCCAGGGACGGGAUACCAUCACUGUUGAGGCGGCACGGGGCCUCGAUGCGGCGCUGAUGGCUGUGGAGCUGGAGAACCAGCGGCUCGAGGAUGAGCUCCUGGCAUUGAAGGUCCGGAGGGAGAUGCGAGCUGAUGUUGGAUCGCUGGCAGCCCGGCAGAAUGCAGAGCUGGCUCAGCUGAAGGCAAAUGUGGAGAUGCUGCUGCGACGCCAGGCAGAGGGGAUGGGGCAGCGCCCGCCCCCAGCCGUCCUCCCACUGCCCGUGGCCCCUCCGCUCCCUCCAGCCUUAGCUCAGGCGGGGGCCCGCCCCCAUUAA